AUCAGUAGGUCUUUAUCUCCGCUCCUGUAUUCUGAACAUGAUGCUACUUUGUGUCCAUAGGACUCUGCAUGUGUAUUUACGGGUUGAUGGGUCGGUUGUUAUUGCAGCGGGAUUUUGAUGUUUGUUUUUAUUUUUGGUUUGAAGAUUCGUUACCGUCGGUCAAUGCGUUGUUUAUUGGGUAGUGAUUGCGUUGUGUUCGCGUGUGGGAUCUGCAGCUAUGGCAGGGGCGGCUCCAGAAGGUUCACAAUUUGAUGCUCGUCAGUUUGAUACUAAGAUGAACGAGUUGCUCUCAGCUGAUGGGCAAGACUUCUUCACCUCAUACGACGAGGUUUAUGAAAGUUUUGAUGCAAUGGGAUUGCAAGAAAACCUUCUGAGGGGUAUCUAUGCUUAUGGUUUCGAGAAGCCUUCUGCAAUUCAGCAAAGGGGGAUUGUUCCUUUCUGCAAAGGCCUUGAUGUGAUUCAACAGGCUCAGUCUGGAACAGGAAAAACAGCAACAUUCUGCUCUGGUAUUUUGCAGCAACUUGAUUAUGGUCUUGUCCAAUGCCAGGCUUUGGUUUUGGCACCGACUAGAGAACUAGCACAACAGAUUGAGAAGGUUAUGCGGGCGCUUGGUGAUUAUCUUGGUGUGAAGGUUCAUGCUUGUGUUGGUGGGACAAGUGUUCGUGAGGAUCAACGCAUUCUUCAAGCCGGUGUCCAUGUUGUUGUUGGUACUCCUGGUCGUGUAUUUGACAUGUUGCGGAGGCAGUCGCUUCGCCCUGAUUCAAUUAAGAUGUUUGUAUUGGAUGAGGCUGAUGAAAUGCUUUCUCGUGGUUUCAAGGACCAGAUCUAUGAUAUUUUUCAGCUGCUGCCAGCCAAAGUUCAGGUCGGGGUGUUCUCUGCCACAAUGCCUCCUGAAGCCCUUGAGAUCACCAGGAAGUUUAUGAACAAGCCCGUGAGAAUCUUGGUAAAGCGUGAUGAACUCACCCUUGAGGGUAUCAAGCAGUUCUAUGUCAAUGUUGAUAAGGAAGAAUGGAAGCUUGAGACACUCUGUGAUCUCUAUGAGACACUGGCCAUCACCCAAAGUGUCAUUUUUGUGAACACACGACGCAAGGUUGACUGGCUCACUGACAAGAUGCGAAGCCGUGACCACACUGUGUCAGCCACCCAUGGUGACAUGGACCAGAACACUCGCGAUAUAAUUAUGCGUGAGUUCCGCUCUGGUUCUUCACGUGUUCUCAUCACCACUGAUCUGUUGGCUCGAGGUAUUGAUGUGCAGCAAGUGUCCCUAGUCAUAAACUUUGACCUUCCUACUCAACCAGAAAACUACCUUCAUCGUAUUGGUCGAAGUGGACGGUUUGGGAGAAAGGGUGUUGCCAUAAAUUUUGUUACAAAGGAUGAUGAAAGAAUGCUGUAUGACAUUCAGAAGUUCUAUAAUGUGGUCAUCGAGGAGCUGCCAAAUAAUAUUGCUGACCUCCUGUGAUGGGCCUUUUUGGUUUGGUUGAGGCAUAGGGGUUUUUCCUCUUAACGAGUACUAAUUAAGGUUUUUAGUUUCAUUCUCUCUUCCUCCCUCUUAUCUAGUCUCCUAAGUUAAUGCUCCCAAACAUAUCUGACCGUUUAAUGAAUUGGGUUUAGGGGUUGUGCAUUAUUGCAAUAUAAAGACUCGAAGUGAAGUUGCCAGUUUCGGAGUAAAAGGAUUCUUGAAAUUUUGUUUUGUUUA